UUUCUCCAUUCAAAAGGUAAAUUCGUUCAUCUUCUGUCCUCUUCCCAACCUUCGGGUUUCCUUAGUCUUCCUUAUUUGAUUAUGUGCCAUUUGGCUUACUCUGGCCUGGUUUUGUUUAAAUUUGUCACGAGUGGGUGGGUACCCUCCUGGAUUCCUCUUGAGCAGGCGUUACAGUUCAGAGCUAGACCUAGAAUCAGCGACGAUUUCCAAAUCUUCAAAGCACAGCUAGGAAAGGAAAUAAUAGGAAGGGAGGGGGGCACAGAAGUAAAGGAAUAAAAACCAACUUUGUGGGCAACUUCAAUAAAUCCGGUAACUGGAGGCAAAAAAUAGAUUCUGAGGGCUGGGUCUGGUCCGGAUGAAAUGCUAGGCUCCUUCCCAUCCCAGAGUCUGGCACUGGAAGCGCGCCGCUGGCACCUUGCCACGCGAGCGCCCCUAGACAGCCACACGCCCACUGGAAACGCACGUGAACACGGCUCUUGCCUGGAGAGCCGCCGCCUGCGGUUUCCCUGCGCAUUCUAGCAUCUCUACAGAGCAUAGGGCUCACACAGGGUUAAGUCAGUUCCCUCCCCGGUAGGAGGGAAAGGAGGGGGGAAGGGGAAAGACGCUAACAGUCUCAGGCUGGGUACCUGGUAGUUGGUUGUACGUUUGAAACCUGUCGCCGUCGCUUAUGAGUUUGGCGUCAUCCAUUGUCACGGCGGAGGAAUGCGCGCUGGGAGAUAACAUCAAGUGCCCUCAGCCUCGCCCACGCGUGGAGCCUUCUCUGCUUCCAGGUGCGCUUCUUUCUGAACCUCCUUCCCCGGUUUCCCGCAGCAGCCAGGCAGUUCCUCAGAGCCCAUCGCCCUGUCCACCAAACCUCAGGACCUGGCAGUUCUCAACGAUGGGCAGGAGGGAGCUCAGCAUCGACCCUUAAAACAAUACCAUGCCCGGGGAGUCCCUGUGCUGUCGCGCCAGCUUCUUCCCUUUCCACCUCCCCGACCCCGUCGAAUUCGGAUGAGACUAUUUCCAGGAGACGCGGCCGCCAGGUAAAGGGACUUCGGUGCCAGAUUACAGACCGUGCUUAACCAAGAAAUUCCUUGGCUGCUCAGCUCUGGCCUGACUGACAAAAGAAGAAGCAAGUUAUGCCUACUCAGCUGGACUUCUGUUGACACUGUUGAUCACUUCGUAUCACCUUCUGUAUAUGUGGAAAAUUCUUCCUGUUGAAUUUUUUUGCACAUGGAGGACCACAGCAAAGAGGGCAACCUAGGCAUUUCGGACUAGAGACAUCAGGAAGAUUAUUUUACCAUCUGCCCUCAGGUCAUUUCCUCUAACUGGAGUUCUAGACUUUGACAGAACCAAGUCCAGUCAUUUUGAUUUUGUUUUCUUUUUCUGUUGUUGUUUGUUGUUGUUUGUUGUUGCUUUGUUUUUAAAUUUCCUGCAUCACAUUAUAUUCUAUUUCUGUACUUCAGAAAUGGGCCUACAGGCUACCAAGUGGCCCAGCCACAGGGCUUUUUUCCUAAAAUCUUGGCUCAUCAUUUUCCUGGGGCUCUACUCACAAGUAUCAAAACUCCUGGCCUGCCCUAGUGUGUGCCGCUGUGACAGGAACUUUGUCUACUGUAACGAGCGAAGCUUGACCUCAGUGCCUCUUGGGAUCCCGGAGGGCGUAACCGUUCUCUACCUCCACAACAACCAAAUUAAUAAUGCUGGAUUUCCUGCAGAGUUGCACAACGUACAGUCAGUGCACACGGUCUACCUUUAUGGCAACCAACUGGAUGAAUUCCCCAUGAACCUUCCCAAGAACGUCAAAGUCCUCCAUCUGCAGGAAAACAACAUCCAAACCAUCUCCCGUGCUGCUCUGGCUCAGCUUCUGAAGCUUGAAGAGCUACACUUGGAUGACAACUCCAUAUCCACAGUGGGAGUGGAGGACGGAGCCUUCCGAGAGGCGAUCAGCCUCAAACUGUUGUUUUUAUCAAAGAAUCACCUGAGCAGCGUGCCUGUUGGGCUUCCCGUAGAUUUGCAAGAGCUGAGAGUGGAUGAAAAUAGAAUUGCAGUCAUAUCAGACAUGGCCUUUCAGAACCUCACCAGCCUGGAGCGUCUGAUUGUGGAUGGGAAUCUCCUGACCAACAAGGGCAUUGCAGAGGGCACCUUCAGCCAUCUCACCAAGCUCAAGGAAUUUUCCAUAGUCCGGAAUUCACUCUCCCACCCCCCUUCUGACCUCCCAGGUACGCAUCUGAUCAGACUGUAUUUGCAGGACAACCAGAUAAACCAUAUCCCCUUGACAGCCUUCUCCAACCUCCGAAAGCUUGAACGGCUGGAUAUAUCCAACAACCAACUGCGAAUGUUAACACAAGGGGUCUUUGAUCAUCUCUCCAACCUGAAACAGCUCACUGCUAGGAAUAACCCUUGGUUUUGUGACUGCAGUAUUAAAUGGGUCACGGAAUGGCUCAAAUAUAUCCCUUCUUCUCUCAAUGUGCGGGGUUUCAUGUGCCAAGGCCCUGAGCAAGUCAGGGGGAUGGCUGUCAGGGAGUUGAAUAUGAACCUUUUGUCGUGUCCUACCACGACCCCUGGUCUGCUGCUCCUCACUCCCGCUCCAAAUACAGUUUCUCCAACAACUCAACCUCCCACUUUCUCUGUUCCAACCCCUAGCAGAGGCUCUGUGCCUCCUGCUCCUACCCCAUCGAAACUACCCACCAUCCCUGAUUGGGAUGGCAGAGAAAGAGUGACUCCGCCUAUUUCUGAAAGGAUCCAGCUUUCCAUCCACUUUGUGAAUGACACUUCGAUUCAAGUUAGCUGGCUGUCUCUCUUUACUGUGAUGGCAUACAAACUCACAUGGGUAAAAAUGGGCCACAGUCUUGUGGGGGGCAUUGUUCAGGAGCGCAUUGUGAGUGGUGAGAAGCAACACCUGAGCCUGGUGAAUUUAGAGCCCAGAUCCACCUAUCGGAUUUGUUUAGUGCCGCUGGACGCUUUCAACUACCGCACGGUGGAAGAUACCAUCUGUUCUGAGGCCACUACCCACGCCUCCUACUUGAACAAUGGGAGUAACACUGCUUCCAGCCAUGAGCAGACCACUUCCCACAGCAUGGGCUCCCCCUUUCUGCUGGCAGGCUUGAUUGGGGGCGCAGUGAUUUUUGUGCUGGUGGUCUUGCUCAGCCUCUUUUGCUGGCACAUGCACAAAAAGGGGCGUUACACCUCCCAGAAGUGGAAAUACAACCGGGGCAGGCGGAAAGAUGACUAUUGCGAGGCAGGUACCAAAAAAGACAACUCCAUCCUGGAGAUGACAGAAACCAGUUUUCAGAUUGUCUCCUUAAAUAAUGAUCAGCUCCUUAAAGGAGAUUUCAGACUGCAGCCCAUUUACACCCCAAACGGGGGCAUUAAUUACACAGACUGCCACAUCCCCAACAACAUGAGAUACUGCAACAGCAGCGUGCCAGACCUGGAACACUGCCAUACGUAACAGCCAGAGGGCCAGAGUUAGAACGGUGGACUAACAACUCUGAGAACACACUCACGUGUGCACAUAAAGACACGCAAAUUACAUUUGAUAAAUGUUACACAGAUGCAUUUGUGCAUUUGAAUACUCUGUAAUUUAUACGGUGUACUAUAUAAUGGGAUUUAAAAAAGUGCUAUCUUUUCUAUUUCAAGUUAAUUACAGACAGUUUUGUAACUCUUUGCUUUUUAAAUCUUAAAAAAUAUAUAUAGUUGCUAAAGUACUGUACGGGGUUGUACAAUGAGAACCCAGCGCCAAGGCAGAAGAAUGAGUGAUUCUUUCUUACAAGACAUCUUAACUACUUUGCUGUUGAAGCUGUCAGAAUGAAUUCCUUUCCUAGAGUUGAUGGUCAGAUGAAAGGAUAGAUUCAGAUGUAAGAAUCAGGGUAAGAGCAAUGAUGUGGGUAAAGAAGGAGUGGCCUAGAUAUUUCUAUGCUAUUUCUAUACCUCCUGACCUGGAAGAAAAGCUUCUUAAAAGUUCAUAAUGUAAGAAUGGAGGUGGUUACCUCAGUCUGACCCAAUGCAAGAAAUGUAGAGAGCCUCAGGAGGAAGCCAGUUCCCAUGAGAUUAGCAAACCCUACCUGACCAAAUCAAGGAAAUUGACAGAUUUGAAAUAUCCUUAAAACCCCAGGGUUGGCUUCUGACUAUGAACUUCAAAAUCACUCUUCAUGCUUCCCUGGUCCUAUUUGAUAACAGUUGGAAACCUGAGUCUGAUUUCAGUCAUCUUCAGGGACCAGCAUGAUCAGUUCUAAUAAGAAAACUCCCCUUAAAAAUGUCACUAUUCAAAUCAUAUGUCAGGUUGAAUCACAUUCAACAGAGAUAUAUUCUAGAAUAAUUUUUUAGAAGAGGCUAAUAAAAUAAUGGGAAGAAUUAUAUUGAAUGGAAUUAUUUUUGAUAAUGAGAAUUAUUUGGGUAGUUUCACUGAGGCUAUAUCAACAUGAUAUUUAGAUCCACAAAGGAACAAUGUUUGGAAUAUAUUAAAACAACUUGUUUAUUUAAAAGUACAGAAACUAUUUAGAAAACAACUGAUCAGUGGCUCUGUUACACUGUAUCAGCUGACUUUGCUAGUAUCAUGUUGAAAUAGCUUGAAUUAAUAUCUAUAUCCCCUCUUAUAUUCUUGUCUUCCAAUCAUCUUGGGUAUAUUUUUGUAACUUAGUUGUAUAUGCCACCUUUGGUUUUUUUGUUUCCCCUACGCUUGGUAUUUCAAAGAAUAUUAUGGAUGCCAAUCUUGGUUGCACAAAAUAUCCUUAUGUAUUUCUACAUAUUAAAAUGCGUACUAAUGUUCACUGUAAAUGAUUCUGUAAGGACACAUCAAAACUGGCCAAAAGAAUGCGUAUUGUUAAAAGCAAUACUAGGUUUCCACCACAAAUUAACUUUGACCCUGUUCGUGUUUGAAAGUUCAUUGAUUCCUUUUUGUUUGUGAAUGUUCUUCUAAUUUGGAAAAUUUGGAGAGAUAAUCUCACAUUAAAAUGAAUAAGUCAGAGAAUGAAAGGUUUCCCUAAUCAUACAAGAGAAAGGCAAAAAAGAGGACACAGAAAAGAGAACAAUGUCCAUCACUGAUGCUAGAUAUGUUUAAAACAAAUCCAUCUUUAGAAACAUUUAUGCUUUCCCUUAAUUCUUGUCAUCUCUUAGAGGUAGAAGGGCUAUAGAACACAUACAUUAUCUUAGAAAAUGCACCCUUGAGAAAUUCUUUUCAAAACCACGGUUAGGCAUUUCAUUCUGUGCUGUGUAUUUCUCUUACAAUUGGUGAUUAUUUUAGGGACUCAUGAAUUAAAUGUCACAAUCUUCUUGCUUUCUCUUUAAACAAAAUAAAACUGUGGUGUUUCAUCUUGUAAAAGUUUAGGUAUAAAAUGCUAUGCAAGCUUUUCUUUAUAGCAAGAGCUUUAUUUUCUUUAACAAUAUACCCUGACUUAUAUGUUUUAAUCUCCCUCAACCCUCAGAAUAAGCAGAAAAAUAUAACUGAAAUUAUAAUGUAGAUACAAGAACUGAAACUGUGCAGUCAGUAGAGCUGAACAUAGCUAUGAAUUAAUUUAAAUUAAUUCUAAAGUGACUCGGGUUCCAUUUCAGCCAUUAACUAGAGCAUUUGGGCUGUUGAUUUUGUUUUGUUUUAUGCUAGAUUCAUACAAUGAAAGGGUAGGAAAGGUAUAGUGGUAAGCCUUCUAAAAUCAGGACAGUGACAUGGGAUUUGUGUACUUGAAUGGUUAAUUUCUUUCCACUGUCCUAUUUUUCUCAGCUGUGUAGAUAAAACUGUUUUGAAAAAAAAUGAUGGUACUUUGAUUUUUGAGGGUUUUUAUUUGUUAUACACGAAAUAGCCAUUUUCAUUUAUUUGUAUUAUACAUAUAACUCCCAAAAGAAUAUUAGCUGCUAAAAUGUCUUUCUUUGUCCCAGGAAGAACAAGAAUGGAGAGGUUCCAUUGAUUUCUUAUGAUGCAUACAACAUUAUCGGGGUUUAAAGUGGUACUAAGGAGUCCCAGUCACCAAAAUGGCUAGGGUGCUCUGAAUGUUCCUCUGCUAGAUGUUCCUGCAAAGAAAGCUUUAUUACGAUCUUGUGAGCUUUAUGACAAAGGCAUCUACAAUGAAAAUCAGACUCCAAUUUGUAGUAGUGUACCUGGGGGCGGGGCCUCUCCUACACUAGGGUAGCAAUCACAUCAUGGCAUCUGUAAUAACUUAUGCAUCUUUUAGAUGCAAUCACUAAUGUUUGACAUUUUUGACUGGAAUAUUUAGUCAUGGAAUGUGUUUUGUAGUUAUGUCUCUGCAUUUGGUACCCAUGUGAGCUCACCAUUAUGUAUUUUGGGGUGACUAGUAAAGAGUCAAAAUGGAGGUGAUUUCAUGUAGUAUCCAAUCUCUGUCAGUACAGUAACUGUCACCACACAGAGGACAUUGCAAAAGGAAGAAAGCAAAGCAAGGUCACAAGGAUGCUACUGAUGUUUAAUCAUACCGAAGGCAGCCUAUAAUACCUUCUUGCUUGUAGGGAUGUGUCUGACCAUGAAGAGACUCUGGGUUUCCCUCAGACACUGUUCAUUCCUGAGAUGGGCAGCAUACACAUGGAACAGUCACACACAGACAUGAGGAAGGUGUUUCUGUGCCUAUAUUCUUUAUGCUGUAAGUGGAAAACAUUCUACCUGUGAGAAUUAGUGUAGCUUACAAUUAUCCAGAUGUUUGUUGAGACAAUGUUAGAUAUAUUCUCUCAAGGAUAGAAACAAAAACUAGUGUGACAAGUCUAGGAAAAAGUUGAUGUAGCUGAUACUGCAUUUUGCUUCCUAAUAAUGCAGAUCUGAGUGGUCUUAGUCAUGCCACAAUCAGAACAUCCUUGUCCCCUGGGGAAAGCAAGAGCCUCAUGUGAGUGAAGCAUCCCUUCCAAACACAAGCCAGGUGCCGCACUGGCUCAGCGUGACAGUGAAGUGGUUACCCAUUGAUGUCUUUGCUUAAAUCAUUUGUCUCUGACCUAUCAUGAGGUGACAUUUCCUGUUACUUUAAAACCUAAGGAUAACACAUAUUCUCAAAACUUACUUUUCCAGCUGUAUGGCAAAGAAAAGCAUAAAAAAAAGCGUCCAACAGGAAAAUGAUGAGCACACAAAACAGCAAUUCCUAAUUCUUCUUGUCAAAACUUGCCUGACUUUUUAAAAAAUACCAAAAUACCAAUGACACAAAGCUGUACCUUACACCCUUCUCUAAUUUCUUUAGUGGGGUUGAAUGGCAAUUGCUGGCAAUGGGGGACUUUUACUGACUGGGGAGGAAAGUUGUGCACAGAAUGUGAUACUGUUUAAACAAAUCAGAUUGUUUGGUUGUAAUAUUUUAUUUUCUAGCUCCUCACCCACCAGAAGAGCACAAACCAAGGCCACUGCAACAGGGAUCUAUAAAUCACUAUAAAACAUGUACAUCCAUGCAUAUGCAUUCAUGGGGGGGUGUUUGUAAAGGUAUUUGUUGGAUGUGAGAUUUGUAACCAGUUAUGACAAGGUGAGGUAUCACCACUGUGUGUCCCUCAUAGGAUGAUAUUCAUUAAGAGUUAAUCCUGAUGAUCUGUUAUUGUUUGAAUCAUAUGUUGAUUUGAUUCUGGUUUGUGUUUAGUGUGUUCUCUCUGACAAGGGGCUGGAAGAUUCUGUGUCACACAUCCUCUGAGACCUACCAUUUUGCACACUUUGUUAACUACAAACUUCACUCUACACUAUACAGUACCUUGUUGAUAUAUUCAGUAAAGGCUUA